AUCUUAACAAAUAAUUUAGUCUUUGUUGUGUUUGAAAUAUUGAUUGUCUUCUUCUUCUUCUUCGACAUCAAUCAAUCAAUCAUAUCAUCAGAGAUGAUAAGUCGUCGAAGAAUAUUAUCCCGUAAUAGGGAUGCACUCGAUAUCAAUGAUGACUACAAUUACAAUCCAUAUGAAGAAGAGGACGACAUUUGGUUCAAUAAAGAUAAACUGUUUAAGGAUCACAUUCAAGAAGUAUUGAUAAAAUGGGAUCAAAUAGAUGACGAAAUAUGGGCUAAAAUAAUAUGUAUGGAAAGGAACCGUCGAGUGGCCAAAGCAUACGCCAGAGAGCCGGUGCUGACCAUCAAUGGGUGCGACAGUGCCUUUGAUGGCUAUCGUAUUGGACUCAAUGGUUUUGAUAAUCCAAUGAGAGAUCCCAAGACUGAAGAAUUUAAGCGUUACAUUGGUUUGGGUGUCAAAGUCAAGAUGGAUGACGAGGGAAAUGUUUUGGUCAAGAGAUUGAGUAAAUCCAAUGUUUAUGUCAAGGGAUGGACACGUGAUAAUGACUUAUACAGUAGUGUUUCGUCGGAGAUAAUCAAAGCCAAUGGUUUACUUGAACUUCAGAAGAGUGUCAAACUGUUUGAUAUGAAGAAGUUUCAGACAAAUAUCUGUCGCGAACUCAAGAAUGCAUAUCCAGACAGACGUAAACUCGAAGACCAGUGUUUCAGUUGUAUAGCCUUUGUUAAGGACGCCACAGAUCUACUGGAAGUUCCCGUUUGGGUUAUGAUUAUCAAUAUAGUGGCACUCGAUAUGCUCAAGUCUAAACUGCCACCAAUAGAUAAUCGUCGUCCCAAUCAAUUGGCGGCAAUGUUUGAAAGAUCCAAGAGUUAUGUUGAAGACCCCUAUGAGGAUCCCUAUGCUUCUAUACCUUCCCAUUCAAACAGUGGCAAAACUGUCCGAAACGGUAUCACCGACAGACCUCCACGAUUGCCGCCACGCGACGGAUUGACCAGAAAACAGACGCCAAAUUUACCGAAACCCGACUAUGAAGUGGACACUGAAAAUCAUAUGCAAAAGACAUUAAGUGAUAUCAGUAGAAAAUACGAGGAUCCAUAUUAUUGUGGAUUUAAGGCACGUGUACCUAAUUUUGUCAAAAGAUCGCCAAAUGGCAACACCAGUAGUAAACCGGAACCGACGGCACACAAGAAAACUAGUAGAGGACUGUUGGGAAAGUUGAGCGGUAAUAGCGGCGUAAAGGGUGGCCAUUACGGGCUAACACACGCAGAAUCUGACGGCUUUCUGUGUCGUAUGAAUGGCGCCAAUAGUGUGAGCAGUGGUUAUGUUAGCGGCAAUUAUGCCACGAGUAUCCGUAGCAGUGAUAACAAUGAUAUCUAUGGUAUUAAUAACCGAAAACAUAGUUUACAAUCAAAGUAUGGCUUCAAUUUGAAACCAAAUCAAAUGAGUUCAGUAAAAAUGCAUCAAAUGUUUAGUCCCCGAUCGGGAUCGGGUGGGCUGGUUGUUGGGGACUGGGAGUGAUAACUACUUGUUUAUCACAAUUGUUAAAUAAUUAUUAUUAUU